AUGUGUGCGAACGUGUCGUGUUUGCUGCGCGUAGCCAGUAUGAUGUCACAGUGUGCGAAAUGUGCUACACCUCAGAUGCCACGGAUUAGUCACCGGAUACGAGGGGGUUGGGAAGCGUGUACGGCGUCCUCCUACAGCACGGACGCCCAACACCGUCCGCAGCCAGCACGAAUCGGUAGCAAACAUGGGUACCACCAUGGGACGGCCAGCUUCUUCGCACGGUCCUACACGCAGGCAGCUUCCACCCUUACCCGGGAACAGCUGCACGAUCUGGUGUACAGGUUAAACGAAGAUGAAAGAGAAUUGCUUAUGAACACGCUGAAGCAAUUCGAGUCCAACAAAGUGAAGGCAAAGUUUGAAGGACAGUUGGCAGCAACCGUUUGGCGUAGUAGAUUCGGUCGUCCAGCAAAACUAAAACCUGCCCUGGGAGAUGUAGAUCCUACCGGUUCCUACUGCGCGGUGCCGGAAGAUUGGCUGCAAAAGAAGUUCGCCGAAACAGUACCAGUACCACCCACAUCGGACCUCAUGAAACUCGGAUUGGUGAAUGCCCUUCCCUUCAUUGGAUUUGGUUUCCUCGAUAACUUCACCAUGAUCAUAGCGGGUGACUACAUUGAACACACUCUCGGAUUAUUUAUGUGCAUAUCGACGAUGGCAGCGGCAGCGCUAGGGAACACGAUCAGCGACGUAAUAGGCAUCGGGUCAGCAUUCUACGUGGAAAAGCUGGCCGAAAUGAGCGGUGUUAAACCGCCGAAGAUGUCACCCAUUCAGCUCGAGAUGAAAACCAGCCGAAGAGCGGCCAAUUUGGGACGAGUGCUUGGUAUUACGAUCGGUUGCCUGCUGGGAAUGUGCCCUCUAUUAUUCAUGAAAGAGGAUAAGGAUAAGGAAAAGGAAAAGGGAAAGGACAAGGGCAAGGAUAAGGAAGCAGCGAGCACUGGUGCGGAUUCGGUUGCCGUGAAGUAG